AAGCCUCGAUCGGUGACGCCCGCCCCAUUUCCUCCAUCACAUCUUCUUCCUUCGAGACACUUUUGAGGUUUUUUUUUCCCCCCCUGUAAUGUACCCGCGUGGACGUGGGGGCACACCGGUGACGUCGCUAUACUCGCUGGCCGCAGUUCGCCGGACAAGAAGCAUUUUAGCUAGCGGCUGAUUCAACCGCCCAGGCGGGUUCUGGGUGUCAAAAUGCGCGGAGCGGAUCUUGUGUUGAAUGCUGCUGAGUGGGUUCAAGGUGGCGAAUGAGGAGAGCGUUCCCCACGCCGAAGCCUGCACAUCACCGGCCGUCUAAUUCAGAUUCGUCUCCUCUGCAUCUUCCUGCCAUGAUUCAGACUUGACUAGCUGAAAGAUGCGUCAAGUGAGGCUUACUGUAAAAAGGAGCAUAAGCAGCAGCAGCAGCAGCACUGACUGAUUCUCUCUCCUCCUGGUACACAACACCUGCCUCUCCAUGUCUCCCCCGAUUGGUUGGAAGUGCCAUGUCAUCUGCCACACCCCCUGUGGCCCUGCCCCUUAAAAAGGGAAGGAAGUUGGAGAAAUUAGAAGUGAUGGCUGACCCGGUUCAGGCCGCCAACGAAGAGCUUAGGAGCAAAAUGAUGGACUUCCAGAUUGAGCUGCAGCAGGAGCGGGGGAAGGUGUGUAAACUGCGUGAGCGGCUGCAGGAGCAACGUCAGGCUCGGGAGCUGGAGCAGCACAAGCACGCUGUGGCGCUCACAGACCUACGCGCUAAACUCCAUGAGGAGAAGCUACGCGAGACUGCAGCGGCACGAGAAGCUCUCGCACGGCAGCAUGAAGCGGAGCUGGCCAGGACGAUUAAGAUCCGUGACACAGAGGUACAAAGGCUCCAGGGACUGGUGCACGCCCUGAGAGACGGAGCCGCUGACAAGCUAAAAAAUGCCCUUCUCGGAGAGGCUCGAGAAGAGGCCAAGAGGGCUUUCGAUUGCGAAAGGUUAAAGCUACAACAAGAGAUCCAAGAACUAAAGGCAGCCAAGAAGCAGGCUGACGAGGCUCUGGCCAAUGCAUUACAAGCCGAUAAAGCCAAAGCAGCUGAUCUGAGGACAGCUUACCAGCAGCACCAGGAUGAAGUGCACCGCAUCAAACGUGACUGUGAAAGAGACAUCCGGCGACUGAUGGAUGAGCUAAAGGCCAAGGACCGUGUGGUGUGUGCCCUGGAGAGAGAGCUGGGGAUGCAGGCCGGCUACACUCAGAAACUCCAGCUCCAAAAGGAAGCCCUAGAUGAACAGCUGGUUCACGUCCGAGAAGCCGAAAGAUACAACCACAGCAGUCCAAAGAGGGAGGUGGUGCCCGGGCUUGGGGACAACACAGACGUGCUCAAUAACCAGUUUUUGUACUACUCCUCCUCCUCCCCUCUACCCCCUGCUUCCCAGGAGGUGGAGGAGCGUGACACUAGGAGGUUCCAACUGAAGAUAGCAGAGCUCCACUCCGUCAUCAGGAAGCUGGAAGACAGAAAUGCACUGCUGGCUGAUGAGCGGAAUGAACUUUUAAAGAGAGUUCGAGAGGCAGAGAGCCAGAUGAAGCCCAUGUUUGAAAAGACCAAGCGCCUCUCCAAGAAGAAUGAUGACCUCCUGCAAACACUGCAGCGAAUGGAGGAGAAACUUAAAAACUUGAGCCGUGAGAAUGCUGAGAUGAAAGAAAAAGCUUCUGGAGCCCCAUUUCAGCACCAAACGCAUCCAAACCAGCUAAAGCGCCCCAGCUCUUUAACCGACUUAAGCCACGCCCACGAGGAGCAGGAAGUAGAGUUCCUCAAGCUCCAGAUUGCAGAGCAACGCGACAUCAUCGAAGAACUCACUCAGGAACGUGACCGUUUGGUGCUGGGCAAAAAGAUGAGGCGGAAACCUCUCAAACUAACCAAAAGGCAUGUUGUAGAGACAUAUUUUGGGUUUGAUGAGGAAUCUGUAGAGUCUGAAACCUCCUCUCUGACCUCCUUUAACACGGAUCUUACUGAUCGCACACCUGCCACUCCAGAAGAGGAAUUAGAGGAGAGUGCUUCCCAUGAGGAGUCAGAGCUUCGUUUUCGUCAGCUCACCAGAGAAUACCAGGCUCUCCAGCGGGCCUACGCUCUCUUGCAAGAACAGACUGGAGGCUCUCUCGAUGCGGAGAGAGAAGCCAGGACGCGUGAACAGCUGCAGGCGGAGCUCAUUGGCUGCCAGGCCAAGAUCGUAGAUCUGGAGAAGGCACUGGUGGAGCGGGGGCAGGACUCAAAGUGGGUGGAAGAGAAGCAGCACUUGCUCAGGAUGAACCAGGAACUUCAUGAAAAGAUGUAUGCACUCCAGCAGGCGGAGUCACGGCUGCAGGCCGAGGUUCAGGAUGCUCGGGACCAGAAUGAGCUGCUGGAAUUUCGGGUGCUGGAACUGGAAGAACGAGAGCGAAGGUCUCCGGCCCUCAAUCUUCACAUGUCUGCCUUCUCAGAGAACAGUAGCAGUGCCCUGCAGGUCUACUGCUCCCAGGAGGGAGUCAAGGAUGUCGUCAUUCCAGAACUAAUGAAGAAACUGGAUAUCCUUGGAGAUAACGGGAAUCUCCGAAAUGAGGAGCAGGUUGCAGUGAUCCAGGCCGGAACAGUCAUAUCUCUGUGUGAAAAGUGGUUAAAACAGGUUGAUAGCACAGAGGCCGCUCUGACGCAGAAAAUGAUUGACUUGGAAAAUGACAAGGAGCUGUUUAGCAAGCAGAAGGGUUUCCUUGAGGAGGAGUUGGACUAUAGGAAGCAGGCCUUGGACCAGGCCUACAUGAGGAUCGAGGAGCUGGAGGCCACGCUGUAUAGCGCCCUGCAGCAAGAGCAGCCGUCAUGCCAGGCGGUGGCCGAGUCGCUGUCAGACAGGCAGAGGGAGGAGCUGAGGCUCGCCGUGGACAAGCUGCGGCGUCAGAUUCUCCGGCAGAGCCGGCAGUAUGACAGUCAGAUCUUACAGGAGCGUAUGGAGCUCCUACAGCAGGCCCAGCAGAGGAUUAGAGAGCUGGAGGACAGGAUCGACUUACAAAAGAGACAAAUAAAGGAAAUAGAAGAAAAGCCUUUAUUCUUUGGCCUUAAUGAACAUAACUGUGGAACCACAUUAUCAGGUGGUAAGUUGCUGCCGAGGCAAGAGAGGACAAAACUUUUUUUUAAAUGCAUUUUAAUGAAACCCCAAUGGCCUUUUUGAUAAAUGUGCACUUUU